AUGAAUCCCAAUCUUGCGCGCGCGGUGAACGAAAAGAAGCCAGUCCCCGAGAUCGACUUCACGUUGCAUACAAUGGAAGAUGGCUCGCAAGUGUCUACAAUGGAGCGGGUAGUAAAGGAGGUUCAAGCGCCAGCUCUUAGUACUCCCCCAGAUGACAUGUUUUGGUCUCCCGAUGAUCCCUCCAAGCCCAACCUUGCGUAUCUCAAGCAGCAUCUGUAUCGCGAAGGUCGUCUCACCGAGGACCAGGCACUAUGGAUUAUUCACGCAGGCACAGAGGUACUCAGGUCCGAGCCCAAUCUCUUGGAAAUGGAUGCUCCCAUCACAGUCUGCGGUGACGUUCACGGACAAUACUAUGAUUUGAUGAAGCUGUUCGAAGUUGGCGGUGACCCGUCCGAAACCAGAUAUUUGUUUUUGGGUGACUACGUCGACCGUGGAUACUUUAGUAUUGAGUGUGUUUUGUACCUCUGGGCGUUAAAGAUCUGGUAUCCAGAUUCGCUCUGGCUCCUGCGCGGUAACCACGAAUGUCGUCACCUUACGGACUACUUCACCUUCAAGUUGGAAUGCAAGCACAAGUACAGCGAACGGAUUUACGAGGCUUGCAUCGAGUCUUUCUGCUCUCUGCCGCUGGCGGCGGUUAUGAACAAGCAGUUUCUCUGUAUCCACGGUGGUCUCAGCCCGGAGCUUCACACUCUCGAAGAUAUCAAAGCUAUUGAUCGUUUCCGGGAACCCCCCACUCACGGUUUGAUGUGCGAUAUUCUUUGGGCCGAUCCCCUGGAAGAAUUCGGCCAAGAAAAGACCGGCGAUUUCUUCGUUCAUAACAGCGUUCGCGGUUGUUCUUAUUUCUUCUCUUACCCAGCCGCCUGUGCAUUCUUGGAGAAGAACAACUUGCUCUCGAUCAUUCGAGCACACGAGGCCCAGGAUGCCGGAUAUCGCAUGUACAGGAAGACACGCACCACCGGUUUCCCUAGUGUUAUGACAAUCUUCAGCGCACCUAAUUAUCUCGAUGUUUACAACAACAAGGCCGCAGUGCUUAAGUACGAAAAUAACGUCAUGAACAUUCGGCAAUUCAACUGCACCCCUCACCCCUACUGGUUGCCGAACUUUAUGGACGUCUUUACCUGGUCCCUGCCGUUCGUUGGUGAAAAAAUUACCGAUAUGCUGAUUGCUAUUCUUAACACCUGCUCCAAGGAAGAACUGGAGGAUGAUGAAACCCCCUCCGCCAUUAGCCCCUCUACAUCCUCCCCUGCCUCGGCACAGGAACUCGAAUCCAUCGAAGUCCGGCGACGCGCCAUCAAGAACAAAAUUCUUGCCAUCGGUCGUAUCUCUCGUGUGUUCCAGGUGCUCCGCGAGCAGUCCGAGAGUGUCAGUGAGCUGAAAACCGCAAGUGGCGGUCGUCUUCCUCCCGGUACUCUCAUGCUCGGUGCCGAAGGUAUCAAGCAGGCUAUUCAUAACUUUGAGGAUGCCCGAAAGGUCGAUAUCCAGAAUGAACAUCUGCCUCCUAGCCAGGAGGAAGUCCUGCGGUCAAGCGAGGAGACUCGCCGUCUAGCAAUGGAGCGUGCUGAGCAGGAAGCUGCCAACGACACCGGACUCGCCACAGUCGCUCGACGAAUCAGCAUGUCUGCCGGUUCCAGUCGCAACCGCCGCCAGCGUGACGCACGCGAUUCCAAAGAGGCCUAG